UGGAUUAAAAUUCAACAUAAUUGACAAGAAUAAUUCUAUGCUUCAUUAUAUUUGCCAGCAAUCUAUAUGGUUUUUACUUACCUUUUUUUUCUGGAGACUUUCAUAUGGAGGGAAGGUGUUGGUAAUACCUAUGGAUGGCAGUCACUGGCUCAGUAUUCAACCAGUUAUGGAACGCCUUCAGCACAGAGGACAUCAAGUAGUAGCUGUGGUUCCUGAUGUUAAUUUGCUGAUGAAACCAUCUGAUCAUUACAUAGUGAAAACAUUUGCUGUGCCCUAUUCAACGGAAUAUUUGAAAACAGAACUUCAGAAAUUGGGUUAUAAGAUUUUUGUACAUCAGCCUUUCCUGGCAAGAAUUACUGAGACAUUUGGAAGAAUAAGGAAUAUUACAAUGUUUUACUUAAAUAACUGUAAACAGCUUUUGUACAACAAAGAUUUGAUUACUUACCUUCAAGAUAACAAAUUCAGUGUUGUAGUUAUGGAUCCAGUGUCUCCAUGUGGUCAAAUUGUGGCUGAAUAUUUAUCCAUCCCUUCUCUUUUCUUCUUACGUGGAAUUCCAUGUGGUUUAGAUUCUGAGGCGACUAAGUGUCCAAACCCACUUUCCUAUAUCCCCAAAUUCUAUACAGGCAGUACUGAUCAUAUGACAUUUAAUCAACGAGUAAAUAAUUUUUUAUUUGGCUCAUUUCAGUUCAUGGUGUGUUACUUUGUUUACUCACCAUUUGAAAUUUUGAUCAAGGAAUUCCUGCAUCGAGAUAUGACAGUACUAGAGCUAUAUAGCCAAGCUUCCAUUUGGCUUCUUCGCUAUGACUUUGUAUUUGAAUAUCCAAGGCCUAUCAUGCCAAAUAUGAUUUUCAUUGGGGGUAUAAACUGUGCAAAGGAGAAUCCAUUAACACAGGAGUUUGAAAGCAUAUUGGAGAAAUCUGGUGAAGAUGGAGUUGUGGUGUUUUCUCUGGGAUCAAUGCUUUCUGAAAUUCAAAUGAAAAAAGCCAUGGAAAUUGCUGAAGGAUUGGGAACAAUACCACAGACAGUGUUGUGGAGAUAUACCGGUGAAGCUCCAAUCAAUCUUGCCAACAAUACAAAGCUGUUUAAUUGGCUUCCACAGAAUGAUCUACUUGCUCAUUCAAAAACCAGAGCUUUUAUCACACAUGCGGGCUCCCAUGGGAUCUAUGAGGGGAUUUGCCAUGGUGUACCAAUGGUAUUAAUACCACUUUUUGGAGAUCAAGCAGACAACGCAGUGCGGAUAGAGUCUCGAGGAGCAGGAGUAAAGCUGGAUGCAGUUAAAAUGACAUCAAAGGACUUGUCAAACGCACUGAGGACUGUUAUUUAUGAUAAAAGGUAUAAAGAGAACAUUCAGCGUCUUUCAUCUCUUCACUUUGACAGACCUGUUGAACCUCUUGAUCUGGCAGUUCAUUGGGUGGAGUUUGUUAUGAAGCACAAGGGAGCUCCCCAUUUGCGGCCAGCAGCUCAUGACCUCAACUGGAUCCAGUACUAUUCUAUUGAUGUCAUUGCUCUCCUUUUGGCUGCAACAUUCCUUUUCCUGUUUAUCUCACUGAAGGGUUGUCUGUUUUGCUGCAAGAAGUGUUUCUGCAAAAGUGCAAGACUAAGCAAAAAAAGCAAGUCAAAAUCCCAAUAAUUGGGGUGGGGGAGUCAAAUCAAAAUGAGGUAGGAUAUUCUAUUAUUUUUUAAACAGAUUUAUACCAAUCCACACACAAUUAUAAAGAAAGGGUUCUUGUUUUUGUUUGUAAGUGGCAAUGAAGCAUAGAAAAGUAAGGUGUUCUCCUUUGAUGCAUCCAGUCAAAAGUAUCACUUUGCUCUAUCUGGCAACCUUACUUUAAUGGAAAUGUGCUCUCAUGCAAAAUGCCAUGAAAAGCCAGCAUAAAGGCUGUUUUGAUUUUCAUAAAAUUGGACACAACUGUCCUUUUUAAAACUAGUUUAAAGGGUGUUUUGUCAAUGGUUUGAUUAAAGUGAAGCACCUCUUGAACAGAACCUGAAUCAGAAUCUUCAGGUGAUCUUUUAAAUCAAGCAGAAAACAUUUGAAUCAUUUAAAGCCUACAUUAACAUAUUUGAGGGAGUUAAUAUCCUGUUUUCCCGAAAAUAAGACAUCCCCUGAUAAUAAACCCAAUCUGGCUUUUGAGCGCAUGGCAAUAAGGCCAAGCGCUUAUUUCAGGGUUCAAAAAAAUAUAAGACAAUGUCUUAUUUUCGGGAAAACAUGCUAGCCUAUAAAUAUGUUUUGCAAUCCUGUAGUUUGUGGAACUCUUGAGAAAUCAGCUUUGUCUUCUGUCAAGAUCCUGACUGACGAACCCAUCCAAGCAAGCAGACAUGAAUCUUUCUGGUCUCUUUCUACUAAGCUUUGUUGAAUAUAUCAUACCGGCACAGACUGAAGCAAAAUCAACUCUGAUUAACUCCCCCCCACACACACAAUAGCUAUAUAGUUAAAACACUUAAAUUUUCCUCCCCUCAUUAGUUCAAAUUACAUUGCCCAAUCAGCAGUCCGAAUAUUGUUUUGGCAAUGGCCCAGGCCUUAGUAACCCAGGUGGCUGAAAGACCUUAUUUCUCACAGAACUGGCUUCUUGUUGAUGUCUGCUGUCUGGAGCCGGCAUUCCACAGGUGGCUCCCCUCCCCUUAGUCUCUGUGGCAACUGAGAAGCAGCAAUGGUUGAAAUCAGCACAAUUUAUCUUUGAAGUUGACAGUCGGACCCCCUCUAACGAGUGGAAGGUACUUGGAAGAUAUUAAGCACAUACAUUAACCCCUUUUAGGUUUUAUACUCCCUCCCCCUCCCAGUAAGGGUCCCAGGCUUCUGUGGAUAUUUUUUAUGAAUCUCCUCACUAGUCUAUCAGCUCUUAUAUUUUGAGCCUUCACCCACCGUGCCUCUGACAUUGGGUAACCUCUCCAUUGCACUAGGUAUUGUAAUUUUCCUUUGUAAGGCCUAGAAUCUAAGAUUCUCUUAAUUUCAUAAUGCUCCUCCUCUUCCACUAAUACUAGUCUGGGAGUCCUCCCUUCUAGCCAGCCUCAGCCCAAAUCCUACUACUGGUUUAAGCAAAUUGCAAUGAAACACUGGAUGCAUUUCCCUUAGCAAUAGGGGAAGCUUGAGGUCCACUGUAACUGAAUUAAUUGCUUUCACAAUGGGGAAUGGCCCUUUGUACUUGGGACCCAGUUUCUUGCAGGGUAGCUGUAACUUCAAAUACUUGGUAGAUAAAUAUAUCUUCUCUCCUACCCUGAGGUGAAAAUCUCUUAUCUGCCUGUACUUUUUUAUUCUUUUUAGAAUACAAUAGAAUUCUUUAUUGGCCAAGUGUGAUUGGACACACAAGGAAUUUGUCUUUGGUGCGUAUGCCCUCAGUGCACAUAAAAAGACAAGAUGCACUCAAAGAAUCACAAGGCACAAUACCCAGUGACAGUCAUACGGUACAAUAAGCAAUCAAAUCAUACUAGGAAACAAUAUGAAUCGCAAGGAUACAAAUAAAGUUACAGUCAUGCAGUCACAAAUGGGAGGAGAUGGGCGACAGGAACGAUGUGAAGACCAAUAGCAAUAGUAAUGCAGCCUAAUAUGAAUAGUUUGACAGUGUUGAGGGAAUUAUUUGUUUAGCAGAGUGAUGGUGAUUGGGGAAAAACUGUUCUUGUAUCUAGUUGUCUUGGUGUGCAGUGCUCUAUAAUGUCGUUUUGAGGGUAGGAGUUGAAACAAUUUAUGUCCAGGAUGCGAGGGCUCUGUAAAUAUUUUCACAGCCCCCCUUUUUGACUCGUGCAGUAUACAGGUCCUCAAGCAUUUGAAGCAAGAAGGAACAUGGCACAUCUCUAGUGAUUUAUUGAAGAUUUGGGUGAAGGGUGGGGGCAACUGGUCAGCCCAGACUUUUAAGCAAGGAGUUAUCUUGUCUGGACCUGGUGCUUUUCCUGGCUUUUGUCUGUGAAAUAGAUCUUGCACUUCCUUUUCUGUGAUCACCAGGGGUUGUGAACCCAAUGGGAGGAGGAGUUGCAGGAGGAUUGGCUGUUGUUGGUAUGUCUGGGAUGGGGGUUAUGGAGAUAGGUGGCUGUAGUUUCCUUUCAAACCUGCAGUAAAACACGUUCAGGUCAUCUGCCAGUUGUUGAUUUCCUUCAGCCUGGGAAGGAGGUUUGCCAUAACCGGUGAUAUUUUUAAGAAUUUUCCACCUGUUUGCUGGUUCACUUGUUGAGAACUGAUUUCUUAGCUUUUCAGAGUAGCUUCUUUUUGCUGCUCUGAUCUCCCUUGUUAAUACGUUUCUGGCCUGAUUGUACAGCAUUCUAUCACCUUUUCUGUAGGCUUCCUCUUUGGUACAAUAUAGCUGCUUAAGUUUAGCUGUGAACCAAGGUUUAUUCUUACUGUGUAUUCACAAGUUCCUGGUCUGUAGACAUAGGUCUUCACAGAAGCUGACAUGUGAUGUUACAGUAUCUGUAAGUUCAUCUAUGUCUGCAGAGAUAUUUUCAAAAACAUUCCAAUCAGUGCAGUCAAGGCAGUCCUUAACUUUGCCUCCUCAAUCCAGGUCCUCACUGACUGUUGGUUUUGUGGUUUUAAGUCUUUGUCUGUAGGCAGGUACAAGGUGAAUCAUGCAAAGAUCAGAGUGUCCCACAGCUGCUUGUGGUAAAGACCGAUAAGCAUCUUUUAGUGUUGUGUAGCAAUGGUCUAAAGUAUUCUUGCUCUAGUGGGACAAUUGACAUGCUGAAAAUAUUUUGGAAGCUCUUUCCUUUGUUGAAAUCACCUAAAAUAAUGGCCAGUGAAUCUGGGUAUUUGGCUUCAGCCUUCAUAAUCUGGUCAGUUAGAGUUCAUAAUGCCUUGUUUACACAGGCUUGUGGAGGAACAUAAACAGCAAUUAGGAGAAAUGAGGAGAACUCAUGUGGAGAGUAAAAUGAUUUACAGUUGAUAAGUAAAGACUCUAAGUUUUCAUCACAGAAUUUAUGUAUUAUAGUUAUAUCCUGAGACCAGCUGUUGUUGAUAUAUAUACACAAGCCUCCUCCCUUCUUUUUACCUGAUGAUUCUGCAAUUCUGUCUGCUCUUAUUAUCUGAAACCCUGGUAUAUGCAUGCUGUUGUCAUCAUCAUCUUCCUCAUUUAGCCAGGAUUCAAUGAAGCAUAGGGCUGCUGCAUUGUCUGCUCUUAUUAUCUGAAACCCUGGUAUAUGCAUGCUGUUGUCAUCAUCAUCUUCCUCAUUUAGCCAGGAUUCAAUGAAGCAUAGGGCUGCUGCAUUGUAAAAAUCAGAAUUGCAUCUGUUUAAAAGGAGUAUUUCAUCCAUCUUAUUAGCAAGUGAACGUAAAUUAGUAAGGAAGAUUGAAGGGAGCGGGGUUUUUUUGCUCCCCCUCUUCCUUAGUUUAUUCAAAAUUCCCGCUCUUUUACCUCUUUUAUGGCGUCUCCUGCAUUUGCUUUUGGUGAUCCAUAGCUCCGGGCAAUUUGCUUCUUCCUGUGUUAGAAUCUCCUUUGCGUUUAGUAAAGAUGGUGGUGGUGAAGUUACAGAAAGCUGCUCCUUAAAGAAACAUUGCUUAAUUCUUAGCAGAUGGUCUUGUGAUGAUGAAAUCC